GCAUGGCCAACAGCGCUGUAGUAACCUGUUUUGGACACAGAGGGAGUGCUUGUUAGAUUCUCAUUGAGACGUGUUGUCAAUGUAGCUCGUUAGCUUGCAGGACAAAUGGGCACUGCGGCUUGAAGUCUCCAGGAAGUUUGGGAAUUUAUCAGACGGAGCUGACUUGUUUAACACUUAUGUCACAUGCUUCUACAUUGGCAUGUCCUAUAACCUAUUGUUUUAUUCAACAUGUAUGUUUCAGCCUUUGGUGCGAUGAAUUUGGACUCUGGCUAGUUCACCAUGCUUUGCUAGCUUGUUAGCUAGCCACCCAACCAACCACCAUCAUUGUCCUCGUAUCACGGUGCAUAUCAGAUUGAAUUAGGCUACGUUUGUUGAAAUGGCACAAAGGAAAGACGUAUUCCAAUCAAAAGUCCUCAACAAGCUUUACCAUAAAGCUCCAACGGAGCAAAAUAAGCCUAACCCUAUUAAUCUUGUGGAGAUAUUGGCGAAUAAACCUGCUCUGAAAAGAAAAACAUUUCCGAAUUCAGUCAAAGAUGAUGGAGAGUCAUUAUCCAGCAGCACUGAUCCAGGCCUGCGGGUUUACACAGCCCUGCCUCCACCUGCAGACUACAGGGCGGGCCCCCAGGGGGAAUCUGUCACACAACCCCAGCCGGAGAGGAUAAAUAGUGACGGGGAAGCAGCUGCAGAGAGCGGCGACGACACAGACCAAGACGGACCGAGCGAAGACCACAGGAGACGCAGAAGAAGAAGGGGGAAAAAGACGCGGGCCCCCCGCGAACAUUCCUCCAUCGAUGGAGCAACCGGGGCGGCUGAACCAAAAGCCAGACACCUCACACGAGACUCCAAUGCCACCGCUGAGGGGGGUGGGGGAGAUGGUGGCGGCGGUGGGGAGCCCCUGAGCAGAAACAGAAGGAGGAAGCUGAAGAAGAAACGCCACAAGGAGAAGCUGCACGCGCUGGGCCUGGCGCCUCGGGCAUCGGCUCUGGAGUUCACCUAUCAGAGAGAAGGAGACGAGGAGGAGGAGGAGGGGGAGGAGGAGGAGGGAAAGAGUGCAGAUGAGGUGUCAAGGUUCCUCAAGAGCACAAUGGAGAUCUACCUAUCAGACGGCUCAGUGCAUCCAGACUGGCCUACUCUGCCAACCGCAGCACUGCAGAAACUGCUGAGCAACGUGAUCGACGGAAGCGCCCCUCCGUCAGUCCUGAGGCAGCUCACCCGACUCAUGGGGCUCGUGCAGCGCAAAGAGGCUGGCAGGCUGGCCCAGGCCCUGGAGGACCUCUGCGCCGCGCCCCUGGCUCCAGAAGAAACUGCUGCAUUGGUGCCUCUGUUCAGAUACUGGAUCACAGACAUUCUCCCCAUGCAGAGAGAUGCAAAGGAGUGACCAUCUGAGAACACAUCCGCAAGACUUUGAGAAUGAGACCCAGAGGCUUCUGAAGGACUUGAAGAGUAACCAUGCCAAGCCAUAGGAAACACAAAACAAAAUGUAUUGGCCAAGUCAAGUCAGCUGCCAAUGCCAAUUUGAUCCAUCAGAAAUUCAAGCAAUACAAAUUCACUGUUGUUAAUGAGGAGAAGGUGCUAACCAUGUUUUUUAUGCAAGUAUCUCUUGAGUCUCUGUUAGAUGUAUUCAGGAACACCUAAACAAACUACUGCUUAAUAAACGGCUGCAUUUUGGUACCAUCCAUAUCUGUCUCACUUUUACGGAAAAACCAGGUUCCCCACAUCUUUGCCCAAUUCAAUCUUUUCUCCCGCCAAAAUUAAACUGUUGUCAUUAUCGACCCAAGCUUUCACUGCACCGCCAGUCAUUAUACAUUUUCUUUUUACCAAGUGGUUGAUGCAGUCUAAAUUGGAUGCCUAAUUGUUAUUAGCAUCACACUUGUCCUCCCCUAUCGGCCUUCAAUUGCCAGAAAACCAAAUGUCAGUUGUGCUUGAAGAGCCACCCAGACUGCAGAUGUCAUGACAUUUAAAAUCAACCGGCUAACUGGGUAGCUUGUCAUUUAGAUCGACACUUCACAAGAGCCAUUCCCAUUUAAGAGGGUGCAUCAUAAAGCCUUUUCAUCCCAUCUGGAAAUUGUUAAUGUCCUAUGUGAAAGACAACUUUGAUUAUGUUAUGAGGUUGUCAUUCGGGACAUCGACAUGAGAAAUAACCGAAGGAGUGACGUAACUGGUAUCGUACCCUUUUGAACCGGGUGUGCACCAACCAGCAAUGUGUGCAGAACCAACACCUCGCAAGAUUGAAAGACCAGUAAACAACUCCGGGGGAGAUCAGAGCUCAGACGGCUGACCUGUGGAUCUGCACAGUAGUCUGUCCUAAUAGGCCUGAUGGUGCGUGAGAGCCCCGCUUGCCAAGGGAAGAGGUCGGUGAAAGGGGAGAGAGGAUUAUCCAGGGUUGGCAGUGCCAUUAGACGCCUGAAGGAUUCCCGUAUUGCACAAAACCGGAUUGACAGGAAAAGUCUUCUGGGUUAUACCGCUUGUUUGUUUAAAGCCACCUGUGGCAAUUAACUCGUGACUUUGGUCAACAUUGCAGCCUUGCUGAAUUCUUACAGCAGAUUACUUUGGGGGGCCGCCAUUUGUGCCCUCCGUUGAAAAGCCACCCACCGCCAGAUGCCAGGCAUCUGGCAAAGGGGCUAAUGGUCUCAUUCUGGAUGCAUGAGCCGACAGGGACUACAAGGACGCAACCCACAUUAACCCAAAAUGCUUUGUUUGUAUGUAUUUCUUUAGUACACCACAUGUAUUUGUAGUGAUUGGCACACACUUGCUUUUUUGGUUAUUUUUUUUUCGGUGGUUAAGGGAGGUUAUAUUAUUUUUAUUUCUUGACAUUAAUCUACAUUCCACGGUUUCACCACAGUGUUUAGAUUGUACGGGGAAGCACUGAAUCCGUGGCCGCGGCCUCACAGAUCUUCGCGUCGUAUGAAUCAAUGAGGGUACGAGGUCAGCUCGGCUUCUCCGCUCACAGAGUUGAGGUGAAGGUCCGGUUGGCAGUUGUUCUUCCUGGGCUGACUCUUUCCGGUGCACCGAGGGAGGCGUCCUCAGCAUAACCUCCUUGUUAUAAGGACUCUGCUCAAGUGCUCAAAACCCCGAGGCUACCCGCGUCUAAGGAUGUUAAAGUCUUCAAAUGUGUGCUGACGCUGCAAACAUACGGAAAAGAAAUGGCCAAAUCAGCUGACACUGCAGAUUCGAGCCAUUCUUUUGUGUUUGUACUGUACAACCAAAACCUGUUGAACCUUUUAGAUUGGAAUCCCUUUAGUUACAGUAGCCCUGCUUCAGUUCAUUCAGAGGUAAAGAUUCUGAGGACAUUAGACCAUCAGUGACAUUUAGACUUUGGUGACCAAAACAAAGGUUUCUGGUGGUUUAAAUUCCUUGAAUUUAUAUAAUUAUUAUAAAAGCAUCAAUAGGACACUGCAUUAUCACAUCGAAACAACCUCCUCCAUU